CACAUCCAAACACAAACAACGACGACCAACCAAACCAAACUGCUGUUGUUGUUGCUGUUGCUGUUGUGGAGGCAGCCGACCAACUGCCUAACGAACCAAGAGGGCAAAGGGUGAAACGGCAAGUCGGGAUGGGAACGGUCAGUGACCAGGAGCGGUUGCUGUUCCAGGCAGCCUUUGACAAGGUGGUUGGCACUGGCGAGGAUGUCUUGGAUGCUGGACCCGCGGUCGUGUUCCUGCGAAAGUCUGGGCUGGAGGACACGAUUCUCCACGACAUUUGGGCACGCAGCGAUCCUGACGGCAACGGCUAUCUUGACAAAGACGCAUUCGUCGUGGCCAUGAAGAUGAUUGCGCUGGCACAGGCCGGCAUGGAUCUUGACACGCCGCUCGACACCCAGACCGAACUCCCGCGCCUGGAUGAGUUUGAGUGGGAUGACCUCGAUACCGCAAGCGAGGACUGGGCGGUGACACCAGAGGAAAAGGCCAAGUUUGACAAGGUGUUUUCGCUGCUACCGCAACAGCCGGACGGCACAAUCUCCGGCGCCACAGCCCGCGAGGACGGCAAGGCGCAGGUGCAGGCGCUGGUGUCGCAGCUGCGGGAGACGCGAGCACAUGUGAACCGGGCGGAGGACACGAAUGCGCGACUGAAACAAUCGCACGAGAAAGUGCAGCACACGCUCGCAGAGUACGGCUCGUCAGCCACCGUCGCAGCCACGAUGCGGGGCGGCGGCGGCGUGGCGCGCGGGCAGAUGUCGCAGUCUGUGCGUGUCCGCUCGUCCUCCAAUACGAGCCGGCGGUCGACGGAGGGCUCAUCGCCAUCGUUGGCACGCGGCGCCACAGCAGCCGCACCGCCGAUGAUGGCUGCGCGUGCAGCUGGCUCAACCCGCGCAGGCAGUGGCAGUGGCAGCAGCAGCGGCGGCGGCGGUGGCGGUGCUGGCGUGAGGACGCGUGGGGGUGCACGGUCCAAGUCCACACGACCACGAUCGACGAUGAAGCCGAGGGAUCCGUUUGCACCUGCAGACCCCUUUGCCCCCGCUGACCCGUUCUCCAUACCAGGUGCUUCGCCCUGGAAGUGA